ACAUGCAGCCUGGGACCCAGCCGCUGGCCUGGGGAGGGUCCCUGUGGGAUGCAGCCCAGGUACCUGUCGUCAAGAUGGGUACAGCACGGGAGGGCCUGCAGCACACCCUGAAGGACAUUGCCUGCGUCCUCCUCUGCUGCUGGUGUAUGGGGGAGCUGCUGGGUUAAGGACAGUGGGAGCUGCCACCACCUCUGCCCACUGGCACCUUGGCAGGCAUUGCUUAGAUGGGCAUCGGGGACGGACGUGUGGCAGAACAGCCACAGCUCCCGCUCUGUUCUGCAGCCCCGGUGACACUCCAGGGCCAGCUGUACCAGACCAAGGAGGCAUCUGGAGGGAGGGAAGUGUGGACGGCUGAGCCAGGCAUCUGCCAGGCCUCGAGUCCAGGCACCCGCUCCCCACGCCCCCAGGGGACCUGCUGCCCAGGACCAGCAAAGCUGUGGCAGGGCCUGGCACUCCCCCAGGCUGGCACCGCAAGCCCACCAGCCCCAAAGUGAGCCUACUGCGCCACUUAGCUCCAGCAAUGGGCCGCCCCAAGGACCUCUGCUUUGGAAUCAUGACUACACAUGAAAAAAUAAACAGGCCUUGAG